AUGGUGAAAAAGACUGGCAGAUUAACACAGAGGUCCACAGAUAAAUUAGAAAACAUACAAAGCACAUUCAACGAAGGUGAAGGGCUUUUGCCCACUGGGAAAGAUUUCGAAACUUCCGAAAUGAGUGGGCGCUUUGAGGAGGACUAUCAAAUGAUAUGCCUCAAGAAGGGAUUGCAAAAUUUUCCCAUCGUGGAACGACUAGGGAUAGCAAAUGCACCGUGUAUUAAACGACUGAAGAGCAGUAAAUCAGGAUCAUCGGUUAAUUCAACCAGAGAAAACUCGCAAACUAGUUAUGAUAUCCUUGCUACUUCCGAGAUUGUGCCAACUACUUUCAACACAGUGCCAGAGGAGAAGUUUUUCACACCUAAAAUUCAAAUUCUGGUUGAGGUUCCGGACAAAACAGAGACAGUGACAGAAGUCUACAUGAGAGGUGAGCUGAGUCCUCCUUCAACUAAUUCGUCAGGUUGGAAUAUGACAGAUGUCACACUUGAAGUAAUCCUCAAUUGUUGCAGCGUGACAUCAAAACUGCACACUCUAAACUUUUGGAGUGCGGGCCUCACUGCUGAACAGGUGGCACAACUGGCCCGAUUUUUGGCAACGAACACUCAUGUGAAAUGUCUAGCAAUUGAUGCAAACGAAUCUCUGAACGAGGACAGUUUUGCCAGUUUAAUUCAAGAUGAGGGGAGCUUGGAGCAGUUGCGACUGCGCCAUUGUCGGUUGGGUCCCGCCGAAGCAAAGCAAAUUGCCGCCCGUCUGGGCACAACAAAAUCCGCAAACACCACACUACUCCGUUUGGACCUCUCCGGUAACCGUAUUGGGGACACUGGAGCUGUGUACAUUGCUCAGGCAAGCCACUGUUUGUCCAUGUCUAGAAAUAAAUCUCGUGCGGUAGUUACACAUGAAAAUUUAAUACGUUUUAAAGAACACUGA